AUCGACGAGCGGUCCUAAACGGACAAGUGGGAAAGUCGAACGAACUACCGAUCCGGUUGGUGGGUUAACAUUCAGAACCGGAAGUGAUCUGACGAGGUGAUAUUCAAACGAAGGAGAGUGCAACAUGGAACAUAAAGCCAAUAUCGAAGGUGGUGGACUACAAAACAGAGUUUGGCGAGUUCGACGAAAAAUUCUAAGUUUAGCUAUCGUUCUGAGCCUGUGUUGGAUUAAACCAACGGUAGCGCAAGAAUGCUUCUCGGAAACGUUCAAGUUCAACGAGCAAUCUGUAACAAACGAUCCAAUAUCGGCCACCAUGGUAAACGUCCCAAUAGCGGUACACGAAAUCAGCGGUGUCCAGCGAGUGGUAGUAUCAGCAAACGGUGGAUUCACACUGUUCAUUGGUGCAGCUGUCAACGAGACCCACCUGGUGAUCAGUACGACGCAAGCGUUCGAAGACUUUCUGAAAACCGAAACGAUUGCGUUUACUUUCGCUACACUGGCUUUUACCUGUAAUUCUGGUUCUACGAAAACCAUUAGACUUCAGGUGCCCAUCAUGGAUGAAAACUUGUAUGCGCCCGCAUUUAGUUUGCCGGAGUAUACGAUCACACUACCGUUGCCGCUAUCGAAAGGUUUCGAUCUGACGCAAUACAUUGAUGAGGGAAGAGGAAUCGUUGCGGUUGAUUAUGAUUUGUCCGGGAAUCAGAUAACAUUUACAUUGGAAGACAAUCCUUACUUUUUGGUCGAAUCGGAAACAGGAGCUACUGUUAAGCAGUCCGUAGCCCGAUUGAAAACAGCUAAUAUGGUCAUGCAUAUUGACGGUGAACUCAGCUUGACGAUCACUGGAACGGACGCAGGUCAACCGGAAUCAAGAUCAGGAACUGCGGUACUGAAAAUAUCAGGUGAUCCUUUAAUACCCUACAUACAACCGCCUCAGUUCCAGCAGGUACUCUACAAACACACCUACAAACGUACGGAAACUUUUCCGACGAUCGAAGCAAAUCUGCAGACGAAUACGUUUGACAGUGGUACCAAUUUUGAACUGAGUGGCGAUGACAAGGCAUUACUUGCGAUCACUCAAAAAACUGAUCGCAGCGGAGCUGUCGUCACGCUGCAACCGGGAACGAGUAUUCCCGAGUCGAAAACAUUUAUGAGUGCAAUCGUAACCGCCACCAGACCGGGUGCUGAGAUGGAUGGCCGAACGGCAAUCGUGGUAGAAGUCGAACCGGAAGUUAAAUUGUUGCCGGCCUUCGAGCAGCCGAUCUACGCCGGUAGUGUAAGCAGUGCAAAAGUGGUUACACUGAAUACUGGCAUGAGUUUGGUGGCCACAACGACUACGGAAGGAGUGACAAUUGGUUUGGCCGGAGAAGAUUCCCAGUAUUUUUCGUAUGUAUAUUCAGACAAUUCGAUAACCUUGCGGGCGUUGGACACGUUAACCGAUGAAGUUCUGAAACAGAGAUACUAUUUUCACUUCACCGUUGAGGCAACUAAAGCGAACGUCGGAAAAGGCGUUGCUUUCGUUGUUUUGGACGUUCUCAAGCCGAAUGUGAUCGUUCCCAAGUUUGAACAGUUAUACUACGAAGGAACAGUUACCGAAGCAGGGGUCGCUGAUGUUCCAGAAAUUCAGAUUAUAGAAGCUACAUAUGUGACUGGAUUAACCUUUGCCUACGCAGGAGAUAAUAGCCUGUUUACGAUAACGAAUAACCGGAACAAAUUCACGCUUACUCCGAAUGGUAUUACCGAAGAGAAAUUGAACGGCAAGUCGUAUCUACUGGUGAGAAUCAGAGCUUCUCUCGAUCAGGCGGUUGUAGCCGAAACGAUAGUGAUCAUAAAGGUAGUUAGACCGGUAGUUAUUACACCUAAAUUUGAAAAUAGCUUCAUCCAGGGUCAACUCACAGCAGCAACGAACGUGUUGACUCCCAUCAAGGCCGUAGUAGACCCGAUAACAUUCUCCACGGAUACUACCAUACGAUUGCAAGACUCUACUCUGUUUGAACCUAAAGCUACAACAGUCGUCAAUGAGUUCACGAUCAGUCUACGGAGUGGUGUCCAAAUUCCAAAUGAAUCCCAUUUAACCUUGAUCCUGGAAGCAACCAAUCCUAAAUCACCCACGGUCAGCUGUCUGAUCCUGAUUGAAGUGAUUCGCAAUGCACCCGUGGCUCCCGAAUUCGAACAACUGUUGUACCAAGGCCAAAUCAACAGUGCCAAUGAGCUGGAGGAGUUGAAGGUUAAGCUGAAACCGGGAACAUACGAUGACACGAUCCUGUUUAGUCUGUCGGAUCACGACGCCAUUUUGUUUAACUAUACCCAAUUAGACAGUGAUGAGUUGUUGAUCACUUUCAAUGAUACGAUAACCGAGGAUGAUUUUAUCAAUCGAAGUAGCCUACGAUUCGAUGUACAUGCCGUUGGUCAGAACAAUCUGGAAGCUAUCGUACCGGUGUUGAUCCAAAUCAACAAAGCCUUGGUUAAAGUUCCCAAGUUCGAGAAGGAACUGUACAAGUCCAGCAUAGGAACGGAUCUUCGUUUAGUUGCUUUCGAGACGAUCCAGCUAGUGGAGGACACUUCAGCAGAAGGAUUGCUCGUAGAAAUUCGGUUGAACAACUCCGACUUGUUUGUGGCGUCACUAGCCAAUCAAAGAACCGUAACAAUAAGCUUGAAAGAAGAUUUAACCCCCGAAGAUGUGAUGGGUUUUAAAGCGUUUGAGUUUGUUGUGGAAGUUAGCAAUCCUGACGUUGGAGCCGGGUUUGCCACUAUACUAAUUGAUAUAGUUCGAGUAGCUCCGGAAUUCACGGCGGUCUCUUACACCGGAACGGUCGCUGAGACCGCAAAGGAAAUUAAUUUUCCAGGAAAAAUUGAGUUGAAGUCUGAAACCAUUGCGGGAACCGUUAGCUACGCUCUUUUAGGUGAACAUAGUGCUUUAGUUACCUACACAAUUAAUACCGAUCUUAGCUUGAAAUUUUCCCUAAAAAACGAAGUCACUGUAGAUCAGUUGAAAGACCUUGCUCAAAUCAAUUUUGUAGUUCAAGCUUCCAAACCGGAUAGCUCACCAGCAUCGGCGAGUAUCACAGCUCGUAUUAUACGACCAGUUCAGGCAGUUUUCGUUAAAUCAUCUUUUACUGGAACUUUAACGGAAAGUCAAACGAUCGUCAACUUCGGAACAGAUAAAAUUGAACUGCUGGCUGGAACCCUACAGGAGGACACCUCAUUCACACCGACUGAUGGCGAUUCCGGCUUGUUCGAAGCUUCCUUACAACCGGAAGGUGUCAUUCAGCUCAACCUCAAAUCCACCGUCAACUGGAACCAAAUUCGUUACCGCCCCUAUCUCAGCUUUACACUGCAGGCAACUAAUCCAGGAGCUGCAGCAUCGUCCACGGCGAUAAACGUCAACAUCGAAAACCUCCCGGUUCCAACUCCCGUAUUCACCAAAACAUUCUAUCGGGGAACGCUUCAGAAGGGUAUCCGCGAGAUUGCUUUCUCGGCUCCUGAAGUAAUUACACUGGAAGCGGCCACAAUUACUGCCACUUUAACCUACAGAGUGGUUGAGAACGAUUAUGACUUGUUUGAGGUUACGCGCGAGGAAAACAAAUUCAAAGUUUCACUGAAUGAUUCGGUUACCGAGCAGGACUACGAUGGUCGCGAUCUGUUGAGCUUCCAGAUAGAGGCUAGCAAUGCGUACGGUGCAAUGGACACUACCAUCGUUCUGAUCAGCAUCCAGGUGGACGAUAUCAUUCCUCCGGUCCUUACGGAAACGAUUUACAAGGGAUCGAUUCGCGAGAGAACCACGGAAGUAGCCAUACCAACGGAGAUCACCUUCCGACAGGGAACAUCCAGCGCUCUAACAGAGAUUGGUCUGACCGAUGGCGAUUCUGAUUGGUUUACCUAUAUCUAUUCCGAGUCCAAAGUUAGCAUAGCGGUUAAAAGCGAUGACUCGAUCAAGUGGGACCAGAUAGUCGAUCGAAAUUACCUAAGUUUUCUACUGCAGGCGACGAAUCCGGGAAGUUCUGCCGCAAGUGCCUUUGUUCAGUUGGACAUUCAACGAACCCCAAUCAAAGCACCGAUAUUCAAGAGUUCGACAUUCCAAGGCUUCUUGGAAGAGGGUUCCCGGGAAGUGAAGUUCCCCCAGGAUGGAUCAAUCGAGUUGGAGGAAAGUAGUUUACUUCAAGGGUUCUCAUCGGUGCUUGUCGAUAACGACUACCUAUUGUUUGAUCACGUCAUGGUACGUAACCAAGUGCUUGUGACGUUGAAAACUACUGUCAGCGAGCAAGACUUAGAGAACAAACUGUAUCUAAGGUUUAAUGUGGCAGUGAGCAAUCCGGGUAGCAACUCGGUCACAGCAGCUGUAGUUGUUGAUUUGAAGCGGGAGACAACUCCCAUUAAUACUCCUUUGUUUGAGCAUUCCGUUUAUCAAGGAACGAUUAAAGAUGAUUUCACGCUUAGUUUGGAAACACCGAUUUUAAUUACGGAAGGAACCUACUCGGCGGACGUGGUACUGCGAAUAAUCGACUCAAAUAGUGAUCUGCUACGUGUGGUUCAGGAUGAUCGGGAGGCGGUGGUGCAUCUUUCCAAAACUAUUUCAGCGGAAGAUUUGAAGGAUUUGGACAACUUGCACGCCACAAUCCAAGCUGUGAACGAACAGGCUGCCGUCAGUACCUGCUUUCUCAUUGUGACUCUCCCGAAAGAGGUUGUUGAACCCUGCACCGAAACUCCCCCCGUUAUCGAUUGUACGGAUUGCUACAAUUGUUCCACCGGAGAGCCCCUGAAUGAUGUGCCAUUCUUCCCGUACGGCAACUACAGAUUCAAUUUGAAAACUGACAGCACUGGUGUCAUUGGUACGGUGCGAGCUUCUGUGAAGGAUCCCUCAUUCAAUCUGGUGCACACAGCGGACAUCAGUGAUGCUUACCUGAAACCGAAAGUUACUCUCACGUCGGACGGAAUCCUUCGAAUACUGGAGCCUCUACUGCCAAGCAAGCAUACCUUCCACGUGAUCGCGCUGAACCCAAAUUCCGCUAAGCAAACGAGUGUUAGCGUUACUCUAGACGUCACCGAGGUCGCGGAAUGCCCAACUGAUCCCGGUGCUCCGGUUGCCACUACCGUGGAGAAGCUACUGAUUAUCGAGUCACUUGCUGAAGAAUCUACUCACUCAAACAUUUUUCCAUCUCAGCUAGCCGAGUGCGAGUACGAACUAAUAGACGAAAAACCGUUCCUGGGAUAUAAUUACUUCUCGAUCGACACAACACGUCACUGGCUUUCUUCCGAACGAUUCGAUCGUGAAAACGCAUCCCUCUUCGAAGGUAUGAUCAUUCCUCAAUUCCAACUAAGAUUACGGCUCAUCUGUCCAGAUCAACAACAGUCCAGUCGAAUGGCUAAGCGAUCGUUGGUCGAAACAAGCGACAUCAACUUUGCUCGUGACGUGACAAUGAUUAAUGUGAUCGUGACCGAUGUGAACGAUAACGAUCCUCGAUUUGUUAGUCCUACUUCUGGUCAAAACUUCCUGCUAGGAUUUCCAGCAUCUUCGAUCGCUUCCAAUCUACUGCUUCCGCAUUUAAUCGUCGUCUUGGCGGAGGAUUUGGAUGAAGGUCUCAAUGCAAAGAUCCGGUACAGUUUGAACAGCAACGACGAUUUCGAAAUAGAUCCAGAACAAGGAGUGAUCUAUCCGACGAAGAAUGCUAUGAAGUCGAGCGCUUCGGUUAGUUUGGUGGUAACCGCAACGGAUCAAGAUGGAGCUGCCAGUGGUAGAAGUUCUCAGCUGACUUUGAAUGUGCACCGUUUGGAGGAAGAUAAUUUGGUUAUGAUGACUACGGUGGGCAUAAUAGACGGUGCAAGUGUGAUUGAUCGAAUCAAUCGAAACACAAACGGUAUUACCUUAAAAGCACUAAUGGAAGCUAGAGUUCCCUCAAAUGAACAAGCUAAUGACAGUAGAUCAUCCAGUCAAAGAAACGAUGAGAACACGGUUCUGCGCAUGAUUGUUUAUGCGUUCAACGGCGCAAACGUCCUGCAGGAUUCAGACACGAUCAAGCGAAUCAUCCAAUCAUCGGAACUUUCCGAAAGCAUAUCCUCAGAAGCGUACAAGAACCUUAUUUGCUACGAUUCUGAAGCUGAAUGCAACGCAAGGCUCGAUUCCGAUCCAACCAGAAUAGGUCUCAUUGCGGCAACUUCCGUGCUGGGGGCUCUGUUUCUAAUAAGCGCUGGAUUGGCAGUGUUUUUAUAUCUGACCUUCGUGCGACCACUGAGAAAGGCUGCAGCAGAUCCCUCGGAUAUUGUGCAGUUGGAAAACGAUUUCGACAUUUCGCCUCCGCCAUCGCCACCGAUGUUGGGUGCAAAGAAGGCUAGUGAGUCAGAAAGCCUGGGGUCCGAUAACGAGCGGAAGAUAUCGAUUCAGAUCACCGGUAUCACAGAUCAAGAAUCCGAAGACUCGAGGAUUCCGAUGGAACGAUUGGCCCGAUCACUAGACGGACGGCUCGAAAAGGUGGACGAAUACGGUUCCGUCUCCUCGAGGGCAACACUCGAGGAUACAUCGCUGCAGGAGCCGAAGAACGUAAAAUUCAACGAACUGGUCGAACGGAUAGAGGUCGUUGAGCAUCAUCCGGAACGAGGUGAUGGCGAUGAUGAUUCGAUCUACAAUGAGCGGUUGUAGUUUAGAAGUGGCUGAUUUAUUUUUAUUAGUUGUUAGCAAUAUUUAUAUGAAAGCUUUUGUUUUAAUUUGAUACAAAAUACGUAUUUUAAAUAUUUUAA